ACAAACUGACAUUGCAGCUCUUUGUGCAGUUUUUCUAGUAGUAGUAUUUAAGUGUGGGACAUUCACAAACUUCGAGUACCAUUCAUACUUCUGUUCACAAGAACAGUCAAUAUUGGGUUGAAUUGAAUUAAUCAACAUGAAGUUCGCCGUAUUAGCAGCUGUCGUAGCCUAUGCGUCUGCAAGUGGCGUGUCACUCACAGCACCAGAAGAUCGGUUUUUGGCGGAGGAAGAGCUUAUUGAGCAUGUCAACUCUUUACCUGGCAACACCUGGACUGCUGGCGUGAAUGAUUAUCACAAGGGCUGGACUGUGGACGAAAUCAAAUUCUCUAUGGGAACUACAGUAGAAAGCAAGGGACCUAAGGUCUACUCGGAGUUAGAUGUGGCUGAUGUGAUAAACAGUCUGCCUAAGGAGUAUGAUGCCCGCACGGAGCACGGGAAGUGCAUCCACCCAGUGCGUAAUCAAGGAAGAUGUGGAAGUUGCUGGAGUUUUGGCGCGAGUGAGGCCCUCUCCGACCGAUUCUGCAUGGCCGGCCACGACGUUCUGCUGGCCCCGCAAUAUCUCGUGAGCUGCGAUCCCGUUGACCUGGGCUGCUAUGGAGGACAGUUGUUCACGGUCUGGGGAUAUAUGCGCUUCCAUGGGCUCCCGGCGGAGUCUUGCGAUCCAUACACAUCGGGCGAAUCAGAAAUAUCGGGCUCAUGUAUUGAACAGUGCGAGGACGGAACACCGAUCAAGUUUUACAAGGCUAAGUCCGUAUAUCCUGUCGUAACUUGGUUCGAUACUGAAGAGAGUGCUGUACAGAAAAUGAUGGCCGAGAUUUACAAGAACGGGCCUAUUGAAGCUGCUUACAUGGUCUAUCAAGAUUUCAUGAGCUACAAAGGUGGAGUGUACAAGUACACUAAAGGUCCUCUGAUGGGUGGACACGCUAUCAAGAUCGUCGGGUGGGGCACUGAUGAGAAGCAAGGAGAUUACUGGAUCGUGCAGAACAGUUGGGGAGCUGACUGGGGACUCGACGGAUUCUUCUGGAUCGAGAAGGGUGUCAACUCGUGCAAUAUAGAGGCCAACGCAUGGGCCGGCCUACCGGAUGUGGAGGAUCUCUAGGUCUUUUCAGGUUGGUUUGGAUAUCAAACAACCCCGAGGUUUCUGACUGGCACAAAAUCGCGCAGUAGUGAGGUGUGUUCUCAGGACGGAUUCAACGUAGAACUUCUGGAACACCCUGUUGGAUAAUAUACUAAAGAAAUAAUCAUCAGUUGUUAGCCAUCAUUGGUAGAGAGUUGUGUAGCAGGUGUAUAAUAUAAAUACAAGGCUAUGAUCACUGUCAGUCUUAAAGGUAUUGAGUUUGGAAACUCGAAUCAGUUUUUAAAAUACUAAUAAAAUAAGAUUUCGCAGUUGGAAGCAAACAGG